AGUAAGUGGGGGAGCAGGGCGGUGGUGGUGGUGAUGUCACCGCUCUGAGCGACGGCUGUGGAUUCUGGGAGAAUUUCCAUCACCAGCCAGCCAUUUUCAUAGCUUCCUGCUGUCAUUUGUAAACACGGGUAGACGGACCGCAGCGUAGACCCGCACAUUCACGGAGGCACGAAGGAACCAGCAAGGAUGGAUGGGAGGAAGCCGGCGAAUCCUCCUCUCCCUCACUGAGAUCACUUUACUGAUCACGGCCGACCUCGAAGGAACUGAUUGAACCGGGACUCAAUCCUAUUAUAGCUAGCCACGCUAGCAAAAUUGGCUACAAUGCAUGGUUUGGUAUUCGCAUGCGUAGCGGUACCAGCGAGAUAAACCUAAGAGAUAAAAAUAAAGAUAUUCUUUACUUCGGAGUCAGCUGAAGAGGAAUAAAGAAGAUUGAAGGGGAGAGAUUUAACUGAAGACGAAGACAUUUAUUCUGCAUUGGAGAAAGUGUGAACGCAGCUUAGGCGAUGUCCACCAUGGUGUACCCACGGGAGGAGGCUUUGGAGAGGCUCAGCCAGGACGAAAUCGUCCUCAACACGAAGGCUGUGAUCCAGGGCCUGGAGACUCUGCGUGGCGAGCAUGCCCAGCUCCUCACCUCUCUGCUGGACUGCGGCCCACCCGCUGCCCAGGAGAAGUCCGGCCUGCUGCGCAAGAGCCUGGAGGCCAUCGAGCUGGGGCUCGGCGAGGCACAGGUGAUCAUCGCGCUCUCCAGCCACCUGAGCGCGGUGGAGUCGGAGAAGCAGAAGCUGCGGGCGCAGGUGCGGAGGCUGUGCCAGGAGAACCAGUGGCUGCGGGACGAGCUGGCCAACACCCAGCACAAGCUGCAGAAGAGCGAGCAGAGCGUGGCCCAGCUGGAGGAGGAGAAGAAGCAUCUGGAGUUCAUGAACCAGAUCAAGAAGUUCGAUGACGACGUCUCGCCCUCCGAGGAGAAGGCCGGCGAGAACGCCAAGGACAGCCUGGACGACCUCUUCCCCAAUGACGACGACCAAGGGCCAGCCCAGCCCAGUGGAGAGGUCGCAGCCCAGCAGGGAGGUUAUGAGAUUCCAGCUCGACUCCGUACCCUCCAUAACCUGGUGAUCCAGUACGCCUCCCAGGGCCGGUACGAGGUGGCCGUGCCCCUCUGUAAGCAGGCCCUAGAGGACCUGGAGAAGACCUCCGGCCACGACCACCCAGACGUGGCCACCAUGCUCAACAUCCUGGCUCUAGUGUACAGGGACCAGAACAAGUACAAGGAGGCGGCCCACCUGCUGAACGACGCCCUGGCCAUCAGGGAGAAGACCCUGGGCAAGGACCACCCUGCCGUGGCCGCUACGCUCAACAACCUGGCCGUGCUCUACGGCAAGCGGGGCAAGUACAAGGAGGCCGAGCCGCUCUGCAAGAGGGCCCUGGAGAUCCGCGAGAAGGUGCUGGGCAAGUACCACCCGGACGUGGCCAAGCAGCUCAACAACCUGGCCCUGCUGUGCCAGAACCAGGGCAAGUACGACGAGGUGGAGUACUACUACCAGCGCGCCCUGGAGAUCUACGAGUCCAAGCUGGGCACCGACGACCCCAACGUGGCCAAGACCAAGAACAACCUGGCUACGUGCUAUCUGAAGCAGGGGAAGUUCAAGGACGCCGAGUCGCUGUACAAGGAGAUUCUGACCCGCGCUCACGAGAAGGAGUUUGGAUCCGUCAACAACGACAACAAACCCAUCUGGAUGCACGCGGAGGAGCGGGAGGAAAGCAAGGGCAAACGCAAGGACUCGGGUCCCUACGGAGAGUACGGGAGCUGGCACAAGGCCUGCAAGGUGGACAGCCCUACAGUCAAUACCACCCUGAAAAGCUUGGGGGCGCUGUAUCGCCGGCAAGGAAAACUUGAGGCUGCUGAAACACUGGAGGAAUGUGCCACCAAAACACGUAAACAGGGCAUAGACGCCAUUAACCAGAGUAAGGUGGUGGAGCUGCUGAAGGACGGGGGGGCCGGAGGGGCUGAGCGACGGCAGAGCCGCGAGGCACUGAACGGGCCCGGGGCGACACGGGGGGACUGCGAGGGCGACGAGGGGGCCGAGUGGAACGGGGAUGGUAACGGAGCCCUUCGCAGGAGUGGCUCGUUUGGGAAGAUCCGUGACGCUCUCCGCAGGAGCAGUGAGAUGCUGGUGAAGAAGCUGCAGGGCAGUGGCCCCCAGGAGCCCCGCAACCCAGGGAUGAAGAGGGCCAGUUCUCUCAACUUCCUGAACAAGAGCGCAGAAGACCCAGCACAGGACCCCAAUGCAGGCCUAUCAGAAUGCAGAGGACUGAGCGCCAGUAAUGUGGACCUGUCAAGACGCAGCUCUCUGAUUGGCUGAAGUUAGGUGGAAAUUAGGUGGGGCAGAAAAAGCAAUGCUUCAUGAAAAGGGUAUUUCCCGCCCAAAAUACUGUAAACAAAAUGAAAUGCAUUUCUCUUUAUAGAAAAAUUCCAAAAAGAAAGAAAAAAAAAAAACACAUGGCUUUCUGAUCAACACUGGAAAACCUGAUUGCUUUACUGGAAAUUACACUGGAAAUGAUCAAACUAGUAUUAAAAAAAAAAAAAGAAAAAAAAAGAAAGUAAUUCAGCAUGCUGCUUCCUAGACUUGGGGUGGAAUGUCUGCAAGGGAGACACCUAGUGGUAGGUUUGAGUAACAACAUCAUGGCAAAAUCGCUGGACAAUUGCCUGACUCCUUUAUGCAGACAUGUCAUCUCAUGUUAGAAUCAGAUUUCAACCUUAAAGAGAAAAAAAAACAUUGCAUAUAAAUAUAAAAAUAUAUAUAUUUCAGUAGUGGCAUGUAUUACUGCAAAUGCUUCCCCACGUGUUCGAUAGAAAACACCAAUCACCACGACAAAACUGUUUUGGAAAAUAAAAUAAAAAAAUAAUUGGAAAAAGUUGAAUAAGAGUUGCCUUUUGCAACUUUUGCAGUCAAAGAUGAGUGGUCACAAUUGGGGUUUAUUUUAUUUUAUUACAUUUAAAGAAGUCUAUUAAAAGGAAAGUAGGGAAUGGAUGAAAAAACAGCACUGCAUACAAUUGAACCUCACUUCUUGCCUUCUGUGUAUAUAUAGGUAUAAUUUAUUGACUUUCUUCUGUGUAUAUAGCACACCAAGAUUGUGUUGAUGCUGUAGAAUUUAGGCGGGUUGUUGAACAGUUUUUGAGAGGAUCGAUGAAGGGAGGACUAGUUUAAAAGGUUACUAUGGAGACUCGGAGCUCAAUUCACAUUUUCUCCCUAUGAAAAUACAGGGAUGGUAAAACCAACUCGUCCAGUAAAUGACAUAUCAAUGAAAGACGAUAUAGGUUGAGUGUAGUUUGUCAUCUGCUCUUGCCGAGAGUCAGGUGUUCGAUAAAACACUGAUUUGAAUUGCAGCAUUGGUCUUUGAUGUUGUACAUUGUAUUGCCAAUCUCAUUGUUGUGACAUGGACACACACACACACACACACACACACACACACACACACACACACACACACACACACCUCAGUCACAACUGUUCGUCCCUUCUCCAGAUUAAACAAAAUUUUUCAAUAGAAUCCGCAAGGUGUUCCAGUCGACUGUAAUUGGCUUAAGCAAGCUAGAUGGGUGCUGCUGGGGGCCAGUUAGUGGGUUGGUAACUGCAUUGAGAGGUUACCAAUCCAAGAUGGCCGUCUUGUGGUUUACAUUGACAAAUGACCAAUACAAGAUGGCCGUCUUCUGGUUUACAAGCAUGUUUAAAUGGAUGGAUUACAGGCAUUUGGCCCUUCCCUUGCUGUUGCCAAAAAUAUGGUCAUUACUUUGUUCCGUAUUGUUGUAUCAUGAGUUGAUGCUCAGCUUGGACCCUUGAUAUCCAGUAUCUGACGUGCAUCCAGUAUGCACUUAAGAGAACCGUGUUUCCAACUGCAGUCUUCAUCCCCAUUCACAUUGGUGCCUUGUGAACUCAAUUGACUGGAACCUGAACGCACUGUUUUUAGCCCCAUAGAAACUGCCACUGCUAAAAAGGUUUGUUCAUUUUCAAUGGGAAUAGUAAGGGCCAUUUUAACAGAAGGCUCAAAUUUAGUUUGCAAAUAACUUGAACAAAAUAGCUCCCCCCUAUUUGACAUUUCAAGGUGUUUCCCACACGAGAUUGAAUUGUGUUGGUCUGGUGGGUUAUGAACUUAUACCCGGUCAACUGAAAAACUGCAGAAACUUCCUGUUACACUAAUAUUCUCAGUGUAGUCCAUGUUUCUACUUAUUUAACCUUACGUUAAGGGGAGCACAUCAGUGAACUUUGUUAUUCAUUAUUUGAAUGUUACAUUUUUUUUUUGUUUGUUUUUUUUUUUUUUUUACUUUGAUGGUACUCUAGGUCAUUAAUGUUGAAUGUCAUUUUAUUGUGUGUGUGUGUGUGUGUGUAUAUAUAUGAGUUAAUUUCUCUGAAUAGACUGGUUUGGGAGAGGACCAGCUGUAGAAUGAAUGUGUUUUUGGUAGGAUGAGGGUAAAAUAACUAUCUGCUCUAUGUAGUGGCUACCAGUUACAGUUAUUUCUGGGGGGAGGGGGGGGGGUGUGCUUUUCUAUUUAAAAAUAAUAAUUUGAGAGGUUCUCAAAAAGUUUGAAAAAGGAGGUAGGAGAACAGGGGGAAUCUGAAAGAAAAAGGGAGAUGGAUAUAGGGAGGUAGGGAGGUCAUGACUGGAAGCCAUUGGGAGAAGAAUUAAAGUGAAAGAGGGAUAUGAGGGAAGAGAAUGAGAGGUUAAGAAGAGAGAAAGAGAGGAGGGAGCAGGAGGGGCAGAUGGCAUUAAUUUUCUUUAACCUGUGAAAAAAAAAAAAUCUGCUGUAGCAAGAGGUACCUGUAUAAACUGGCACUCUUUAUGAUGUGAAUCUUAGUCCCGUGCACACGCACAUUCUCAGCUCCUAAUGCUCAGCUCCUCAGCUCUGCUAUGUGUGGUGACAUGAAGAGGCGAUACCAUGGCAGGGCCACCAGGGGGCGCUGGUCUGCGGUCUGUGUGCGCUGAAUAAUGCUGUAUACUUCUGAACGGAAUGUGACGUCGCAAAGGCAGGUCUGCCGGAUGCCAAUGAUAAUGAGCAUGCUCCUCCACUGGGCACUGGUUGGUCAGAAUGUAGUGGCUACUGGGGCUUGUGGGAAAUGUAUUUCAGUGACGGGUCCCAUUGUGAGGGUGCCAACCUUGUGUAUAUUUUAAUAAAGGCUCAAUAAAUGAAAUGAAAAAAAAAACAACACACUUUUCAAACUGAAA